GAGCACGGAGCCCCGAGAGGACGCGGCCGCUGCAGCCGAAGCGGAGCCCGGCCAGAGGUACGAACUGAGGCCCAAGGAGGAGAGCACCUGUCCAGGACUGUAGACACUUUGCUGUUUGGCCGUGUUGUCCCUCCUGCUUUCCACCCACUAGCACAUCGGGCAGCCACUGUCGCCUGUCACCAGGUUCCGGAGAGAGACAAGCCAAUGGGGGACCAACACCCUUCAACACCCUGUCCGUCCCCCUUGCCAGCCACCAAGAAGAGCUCGUACCUCUACUCCACGGAGAUCACGCUGUGGACCGUGGUGGCCGCCAUUCAGGCUGUGGAGCAGAAGGUAGACUCCUGCUUGGCCCGGUUGCUGGCUCUGGAGGGCCGUGCAGGGACAGCCGAGAAGAAGCUGGCCGACUGCGAGAAGACGGCUGUGGAGCUCGGCAACCAGCUGGAGGGGAAGUGGGCCGUGCUGGGGACCCUGCUGCAGGAGUACGGGCUGCUGCAGCGGCGCUGGAAGGUAGAUCUAGAGGCUGUGUACAUUGAGGGUCAUUGUUUUGGGCAAGAUACUUCAGCAGCUGUGCUGUGUGCCCCUGUGGGCACAAGAGCCCUAUCUGGUCCUCGUGAAUCUGUGCAGAGUCCUCCUGGACGAGGAGAGGAUUGCGAUCCAUGUCCAGAGCGGGUUGCCAGCCCCACCCAGGAGGAGGCGAGAGGAGGGCUGGGCCCUGUGCAGCAGCAGGCGGAGGAAGCAGGGGUGACCCCUGCCGGGCCAGGCACUGGCCCUCCAGCAAGCCACCGGGUUUGGCCUUCAGUUAAACCGGAGAGAGCAGAGGGGAAGCCACCAGCCUCUCCUCACAGGGACAUCCUGUCUGGUGUGGGGCCAGGUGGCAGUCCUGUCGUCAUUAAGACAGAAGCUCUACCCAAGGAUAAGACAGUGCCGGAGGAGCUCUUCCUGGGGUCUCCAAGCCAGACCAAGUGUGGAAUCCCCAAGAGGCCCAGGAAUCAGACUGGAGGCCUCACACUGCAUUGUGGCCAGACAUUGCCCCAGCCACUCGGCGCUGUUGGGGAGCCACCCCAGCUGCUGCCUCACCGCCCUCGAGAGCAGGCUUUCCCUUGCCCUGACUGUGGGCAGAGCUUCCGCCUUAAGAUCAACCUGACAAUCCACCGGCAGAGCCACGCACAGGAGGAAGGAGGAAGCCAUGCUACCCUGGAGCCAGGUGAGGUGGCAGUGCCCGGCCCAGUUAUCUGCUGGCUCCCCGAGGAGCCCAGGGGCCAUCGCGCACUGGCAGCCCGGGCCUUGGCAGGGCAGAAGCCGGCGGGCACCAAGAUGUACCACUGCAGUGAGUGCCUGCGCUGCUUCCAGCACCGCAAGAGCCUGGUGCUACACCAGCGCCUACACACAGAUGACAACCAGGACUGGUUCACCUGCCCCUACUGCAGCAAGGCCUUCCGCUGGCCCUCGGAAUUCUUCCGCCACAAGCGCAUCCACACAGGCCAUCGGCCCUACCAGUGCUCCCAGUGUGGCCAGGCCUUUAACCGAAACCACCACCUGGCUGUCCACAUGCAGACUCACACCCGGGCACAGGAGCCCCUGCAGGGGCCUGGCCACAUGGAGGAGGGCUGACCCCAGGGGCCUGCUGACCACUCCAGGCUCUCUGAGGACCCUGUCUCUGGGCCCUUCCUGUGUGCCCUUGUUCAGAGAUGGCUUUGGAGACACUUGUUUUUUAUUCAGAUGAGGAGCAGCAGCCCUCUUGGGAACAAUGUGUGUGACAAGGUGCCUUCAUUUCCCAAGUUUGUCACUACUGAUUUUUCUACAUUCCUCUCUUAUAAAGCAUCCCUUCAGGUG